GCCUUGAGCCGUCGGGUCCUUUUUGGGAGCGGAUUGGCUGUUACUCGGUAAUUUCAGAAUCUUCGGCUUCAAAGAAAGGAUAUAGCGCUCCUCUUAUUCGCGAUCUUUGGGGAUUUCAGGAUCGCUUUUGUCUUCCUCAUUUAAAAAAUAAGGAAUCGCAUUGCGCGAUCUCCUUCUACGGAAUUGACUUAUAGGGCUCCUUUCUCCCCAAGAAAAAACACUGUUUUCUCCAGAUCGUUCAAAAUUUCCGAUCUUCCAUCGUAUUUCAGAAGCUCGUCGCUAAAUUCGAGUUGACAUUUAGAAAAAUCGUCGAUUCCGCACGAAUUUUCUCGCAAAUUUCGGAAAAGUUCCGUUCUUGUUUCCCCCCUUCUCUCUAGAUUUCUGGAAUUUAGAGAGUUUUGUAGAGAGAGAGAGAGGUUCGAUGGUUGGAUUUAUAUGAAAUUUCAGAAUCGGAGUCAUAUGAAGAUGCGAAUGGAUCGAACUCAGUCAUCCGAAAGUCGAGACGGGAGAGGAGCUCCGGUGGUGGCGAUAGAGUGCCUGACGGGAAGCUCGAAAGCCGACGAAUGGAACGGCGACAUGCUGCAGACGGGCGAUAUAGUGGAGGAGCUGAGGAUCGGGAAUUUCCUGUGCGAGCGAUCGCCGUUCAAGAACGGAAAGAGCGGGGUCCAGAAGCUCUUGCACGGAUCGUUCAAGAAAAACGAGACAUCGAUCCAUGUUCGAGUCAGGCGCGGCCGAGACGAGUUCGUGGAGCUGCAGGCCUGCAUCGUACCGAUCGAGACGGCCGGAAAGAAGCAAUAUAUGCUGCGGUCGAUCGAAGACCCGAACUACGCGGUUGGAUUCGUUGAUCGGACGGAGGGCGAGUGCUUCGCUCUGCAAGGUUCGAGGAGCUCAAGGGUAGCGUGCGCGCUGAGCAAGGCUCAGCUUCAAGACGGAUAUGUAUCGUAUUCGUGGGAGAAGAAGAUGAAGGAGACGCUGCCGGUUCCAAAUUCCAGCUGCUUUUUUUCUCUUCUAGUCCUUCCCAAGUCGUCAGAUCGGGUUACUUCCCGUUACAAUGACCUUGAAGAUACGUUGGCCAGGGCUAAUGCAUGGCUCAAUGCCUCUCAGGCGUCCGGCGUCCCCAUUGUCUUCAUGAACGUGCAGACUGAAUCCCUCCUCACUAAGAUCUCCGGAGAGACAACUUCUGUGACUGUCAAUGCAGGAUCGUUGUCUGACCUUUCGAACAUCGCAAACGCAAGCCUUUACGGGUUUGAAGAUUACCAUGGGGUCGACAUCGGAGUGGUGAGAGCGGUCCGCCUAUGGUUUGCUCCGAUUGUGGAAGUCCCUGUGGAGAUCAAACUAAAAGAAGGCGAUUCAAGACUCGGGUUUGCCAUUAGCCGCACUGAAGAGGGGUUCAUCUACAUUUCUUCUGUGAUCGAGGACGAUGAAAAGGAGGCAACCGCUUCAUCCCGAUCAGGGCUCAGGGAGCUAUACAGGGAAGCAGUGAGAGCAUCUAAGCUGUUGGUGAUCUCAAGACUGGCCAAUGAGAAAAUCCUUCCUUGGAUGGUGUCAUCCACUGGGGCUAUCCGAUGCUUCGACACCGUCUCACUCAGCCAGAAGUUGUCUUUGCACCGCCACGCACUGCGGCCGAUCCAGAUCCAUGUGUUCCUGUGGGACAGGGGACUGGCCGCCCAGAGCGAAGGUGUUGCCCGACCAAGGGCUGUCUCCCCACUGAUCAUGCCAGUGCCGCCAGAAACUCAUUUUCCACGGUUGCCGAAUGAUAGCCAAGCUCCUACUGACGGGUCGGGGCUCAGGCUUGAACGAGACACUGCCGGCGAGCUAUCUUUUCGGUUCCAUGAUUUCUCUCUUGGGAACAAUUGGGUGUGAACUUCCAUUUCUGGUUUUCACAUAAAAAACAUGUGCCAACGUGGUUAGGAGUUCAGCAUCCAGGUCACUCAUCAGAUGGUGGGCCCUGCGAACUCUCCCUGGCCUGGAAUUCAAGAAGGCCAAUCAUCUGAUGAGACCAUUGGAUCACUUCUUUUGUAACCCUCCGUUCUUCUUAUGUACGUGAAUGGAGAAACCUGACUUUGAGCCAUGGCAAGUUCAGUGGGGCUCCGUGCGGCCCCUGCAUGAUGAAUGAACCUGAUGUCACGGAUAUGUGUGUGUUGGCACGUGUGUUGUUGAUCAUCAUCUUCAAUCUCUCCACGCACGGACUGCCGUGGCUCUUCUCUUAGUGUACAGAUGAGAUCUUGUGGAGUAGCUUUCUCCUAUAUUUAGGACUUUAGGAUGCUGGUGUGUUUGAGAAUACGAUUGUUUGAAAUAAAAUGAGUAUAUUUCACUC